AUGUCAAGCCGGGGAGCCGUCUGGGCGGCAAGGCUUCACAAAGCUCCUCUCACAAAAGCCAUCUCAACAAGAACAGCAACGCCCUCAUCCAUACAAUACUGUUCUCGACAAUACGCCACAGCCACCUCUAAAUCUCCCCCCAAACGAUCAAAAACUCUCCCUAUUCUCAUCACCACCGCCAUCCUCGGCGGCUCCAUCAUCUACUACUCCACCACGUCUUCCAAACCCACGCUUCUCAACGCCGACUACUUCGCCCCUUACACAAUCACUUCUCGCGAAGCCGUCUCCCCCACAUCAUUCGUCUUCACAAUCUCGCCUCAGCACCAUAACCCUUCGCUGCCAUAUCUCACCCCCGGCACAUCUUCAUGGCGCUACCCCCAAUGGUCUGUCGAGUUCAAGCAGCCUCAAGUCCAAAUCGCCCGCCACUACACGCCACUCCCGCCUCUCGAUGGCGAGGAUCCUUCAGAUGGAAGCCUCAGAUUCUACGUGCGCGCCAUAGGAGGCGGCGAAAUGUCCCACUAUCUUAGCCGUCUUCGCGUAGGUCACGAUGUCUGGCUACGAGGACCGCAUGUAGGAUUCGACGUCUUGGCACGACUCGGCAACAGGAAGAAAGUCGUUUUCCUGGCUGGCGGGACAGGCGUCGCCCCAGCAAUGCAAGUCGCCCAGGCAGUGUUAGAUAAAAGCCCGGAAACACGGGUGGAUAUCCUCUGGGCAAUCAGAAAGAGAGAAGAGCUACAGCGUGGUAGUGGCCCACCGAGAAAACGGUCAUCGUGGUGGCAAUUUUGGUCUGCAGAUAGUAGCCAGUUGGUGGAGUUGGAUUCUCAGCUACAAGACCCCAGCCCUGUGGCGCGGCAGCUCAAAGCCAUGAAGUCAAUAUACGGCAACCGGCUGCACGUACAAGUCGCUAUUGACGACGAACAAACACAUUUCCGUGAACCGGAUCUUCAAAAAGCCAUCACAUCAGGGGACCAACAAGGCGUCUCACCCAUCGCCACUCCUGGAUGCCGUCUGCACGACUCGUCAGCGCUGAAACUGGCACCCGAAUUCGAGACUCCUGCAGCAGCAGAUGACUGCAAAUGCGGCGCUGGAGCUGGGAAAAAUCUCUUUGUGGUUUCCGGCCCUGAUGGCUUUGUUGCUCACUACGCGGGACCGAAGACGUGGCUUGGAGGACAGCAGAUUCAGGGGCCGGUAGGGGGCGUAGCAGCACAGCUUCAGAGAAAGUAUCCGAGCCUUGCAAACGAAUGGCUCGUUCUGAAGUUGUAG